UUGACGUCCUAAUGCAAGUAUGACAUGUUUGAUGUCCUUCAUGCUAAUAUGACAUCACGUGACAUGCAUAAGCUAUAAGGAAGGGAGUUGUCCUGCACUCCAUGGCACACAACUACAGGAAUGAAGGUGUGAAGCGAGAAGGACACAGGACGUUCGGCAGGUCUCGGACCAGUUAGAUCCACACCAAAGGGAGAAGAUUGAGGCCUACAUGAAUAUGUCGGAGUACGAGAAGCAAGAGGCAAAAAUUGUCAUUAUGAAGGAGACUGACAGCGUAAGAGAGGAGACUCACGACAUAAAAGAGGAGACUCACAACUUAAAAGAGGAAACUCACGACUUAAAAGAGGAGACUCACAACUUAAAAGAGGAGACUCACGACUUAAAAGAGGCCUUGAAGGAGAAGAAAGAGGCCUCGAAAAAGAAGGAAGAGGCCUUGAAGGAGAAAGAAGAGGCCUUGAAGGAGAAGGAAGAGGCCAUGAUCCUCAUUAUGAAAGAGGCUGACAGUGUAAAAGAGGAGACUCACGACAUAAAAGAGGCCUUAAAGGAGAAGAAAGAGGCCUUGAAGGAGAAGGAAAAGGCCUUGAAGGAGAAGGAAAAGGCCUUUCGCCUCAUUAUGAAGGAGAAGGAAGAGGCCUUACUCCUCGUUAUGAAGGAGACUGACAGCAUAAGAGAGGAGACUCACGACAUAAAAGAGGAGACUCACAACUUAAAAGAGGAGACUCACGACUUAAAAGAGGCCUUGAAGGAGAAGAAAGAGGCCUCGAAAAAGAAGGAAGAGGCCUUGAAGGAGAAGGAGGAGGCCUUGAAGGAGAAGGAAGAGGCCAUGCGCCUCAUUAUGAAGGAGGCUGACAGCGUAAGAGAGAGGAGACUCGACAUAAAAGAGGAGACUCACGAUUAAGUUUAAUCAUGCAAUUUAUUUUGGCCGUACACGCUCUUUAAGGUCAGCUGCUAUACGCUCAGUGAUCAGAUGAAUGCUUAGUCAGUAGAAACAUGAUGGCUUACACAAUACACCCCUGGACAAUUGGAGAUCAAAGUGUUAUCUAAGAUUUGUGCAAAUACUGUAAAUGACAUGGAUUCAAAGAGAAACGUUUAAAAACUUUCCUGGAUGACAUUCUCAGAAUAAAAGUGUAUCUGUGUAAGCCAGUGGUUCUCA